AUGGUACGCACGAGAGUGAAGCGACAGCUGUACGGCUAUGGUUUAGGAUAUCCCUCAGGCUAUGUCUACGGUAAUCCGUACACAUUUGCCACAUAUCGUGGCCUUGGCCUAAAUGGACUUUAUGGCUCUGGUUUGUAUGGAAGUGGUCUCUAUGGAAAUGGUCUAUACGGAGGUGGUCUGUAUGGAAGUGGUUUGUACGGUGGCUAUGGUCUCGGUCUUGGUUUGCUUGGAUUACCUUAUGGUGGACUUUAUGGGAGAUGA